AGCAAUGCAAAAGACACAAUUGAAAUUCAAGAAAGCCUUUACAGGAUUUCUUCCUCAGCGAGAAAAAUACUUUAAAAUGUUGGAAAACUUCCAUGAAACGAUCAGUUUGCUUGAUCGUAUUCCUCUGCUGAAGUCUCUGAAGGAGAAGGAAGCCGAUGAAGCUCUAGCCAAGAGAGACCAAGAAGAGGGCAUUAUCAGUUUCGUAGCGUCCACCAGUGGUAGUCCUACCACGUUGUUGGAGUGGAUCACCACACAGGGCCAAGGACAGAGUGUUGAUGCCCUGCAACUCAAAUGUUUCGAUGAUCUGCAUCUGUUUGACAGUGAAAUGUUCGCCCAGCUUGACAGAGAGGUUCAAGAACAGCUGUCUCUCGUCACAGAUGAUCCUCACCACAUGAAAGAGUUGAUGGGAAUUGAACGUCGGCUCUCGGAGCUAGAGAAGAGAUUAAAUGAAGCCAAACGAAUCACUCAGGAACAAAAUGAUAUGGCUCAGGGAUUUCUCAACCAGCAGGCAAGGCUAAGCUCAACACAAAGCCCUGCCCUCAUUCUUCCUGAUCUGUGCAGGAGCCAUCAGCAGCAGCUGCAGCAGAUGUUAGACAGGCAACAGCGUAUAGAAACAUUGCAGAAUAACUUCAAGAAAUCCAAGCAGGAAAUGUCCACCAACAUUCACCAGAGACUUGGGUGGGUAAUGCACAUUGAGACUCGCAUCUCCAAGCUGGACAGUGAUCUGAUCUAUCACAUGAAAACCUUGAGGAUGUUGGAGUGCAACUUGGAGCUUCUCAGCCAGAUCAAAGCUGCUCCCCAGGUUUAUGCUGACAUGGUGAUGGAGGCAGCAAGAAGGAGGUUGUUCUCCAGCAGGUUCACACUGUGGGCGGAGGCACUGGUGGACGACUCAAAGCAAAUGUACUUAACUGAAACAGAAAGGAGAAAACAGUUUACAAGGAAGCUAGGGGAGCACUUUCUUCUAGACACACUGUUUAAGGGCUUCGAUGACAUGCCUCCCAGUUUUGCUACUAGAACUCCUCCCCCUUUUGACACUCAUCUUCCUGAGGUUACUGUAGACGACAUUUCCUUGCUGAGAAACACCGUUCCUGAACUGGAGGAGUUCUUGAA